AUGUUGAAAAAAAAUGUUGGAACGAUUUCUUUGAAUAGACUUAGGGCGGUUGAUACAGAUUCUGAUAACUUUCAUUCAAUCAAAUCGAAAUAUGAUGGGCUAGUGGAUGAAAAGAAUAGAAUCGAAAAAAAAUUGUCGGAAUUAAGUGAAAUACUUCGUCAGAAUGGCAAUGUUGGACUGGAUACCCCUUUAGUUGAUGAUGAAGGCUACCCACGCCCUGAUAUUGAUGUGGCUCUUAUACGAAUAACGCGAAACAAUAUCCGUUGUUUAAAUACAGAUCACAAACAAAUAAUGCUUGAAUUGGAAAGUGUUUUACAUAAAAUACAUGAAUAUGCUCGUCAAAAUCCAUCUAAAAAUGUUUUAACUGAUGGAAAUGCAUGUUCCAGUGAAAAUAAACUAAUUGAAGAUCAAUCUGCACAAAUUGUGAAGAAAGCUUUCCUUAAAAUUGAUCAAAUAUCACCUAAUUCAAUAGUGGAACAAGCAGAUUUAAAAGUUGGAGAUCGAAUAAUUCAAUUUGGUUCAGUAUCUGCUGACAAUUUCACUUCAUUACAAGAUAUAUCUACUGUCUUUAGAAAUACAUCUCCCGGUAGCUAUAUUCACGUGUCCAUUUCUCGUGGCGACAGUAUAAUCAAUGUGCUUUCCAUUUCGUUGUUGAAACCAGCUGAAAAUGUCAGUCUAGGGUGAGUAUAUUGCUCUUGAAUGUGUGUUUUAUUUCGAAUUUCCGAGUCCCCGACUUUCCAGUCACUUAUAAUCUGUUUAGUUCAUGCCAUAGUUACCGUAGUAUGACUCCAUAUUAGUAUGAAUAAAGUGUAAAAACUGUACAAGAAUCCUCCACAUUAGAUCUUUUGACCAUAAUUUAAUAAUGUAUUAUUUCCAAAAUCGUGUCUAAUUAUAAUAGUUUUUGUACUACGACCAGUCAGUUUUAUUAUCCUUAUGGGAUGUUACACCGCUGUUUAUUCGUAAGAAAUAGAAAAUAUAAUGCGACAGGACAAUAAAAUAAAUGUAACACGAAAAUAAUAGAAAAUAAAUACUGGUGUAGUGUGGUCUCCUUAUAUCCAUAUAAGUAGUAUAUGGCGAUGUUCAUACGUAGAAUGUAUUUUGGCAGAAGACCGAUAAGGAAAGAACUGAAAUGAAGCGCAAUUGGUAGGAAAAUGCAUGAACAAUGAAAUAAGAGAAGAUGAACUGAUAUUUGCAGAAGGGACAGUUAAAAUUGAGACAAUUGGUUGUUAUUUUGCAAAUUA